UCUGAAGGCAAGCACCCUUUAUCAGACUCUCACAGCCUCCUGCUCUCCUGCAAUGCCUUCAGCCACCAACACCAACAUGAGGUUCAAGUUCUCGAUCCUGGCCCUUCUUCUGGAGGUGAUCCUCAUUGUUUUGUUUGGGAUAUUUGUGGAAUGCGACCACAGUGGCGACUAUCAAGAGUUAUACCCGCUUUUUCAGGAUGUCCAUGUCAUGAUAUUUGUUGGAUUUGGCUUCCUGAUGACCUUUCUGAAGAAAUAUGGAUUCAGUAGUGUUGGUAUCAACAUGCUCAUUGCUGCCUUUGGUCUCCAGUGGGGAACCCUGAUGCAAGGAUUUUGGCUCAUGAAAGGAGAGAAAAUUCGUGUUAGUAUCAACAGCAUGAUAAAUGCAGACUUCAGCACAGCAACUGCUUUGAUUUCAUUUGGAGCAGUCCUGGGCAAAACAAGUCCUGUUCAGAUGAUGAUCCUGACAAUUCUGGAGAUCACAAUCUUUGCAUGCAACGAACAUCUGGUUGCAGAAAUAUUUGAGGCCACAGACGUUGGAGCCUCAAUGACUAUCCAUGCUUUCGGAGCUUAUUUUGGUUUGGCUGUAACCUUGGUCCUGUAUCGUCCUGGCUUGAAAAACAAACAUGAAAAUGAAGAAUCUACCUAUCACUCAGACAUAUUUGCCAUGAUUGGUACUCUCUUCCUUUGGCUUUUUUGGCCCAGUUUUAACUCUGCCAUUGCACAUGAUCCCAUUCAGCAGAGUAAAGCAAUGGUCAACACUUACUACUCCUUGGCUGCGUGUGCUGUUGUAACGUUUGCCCUCUCCAGCCUGGUGGAUCAAAGAGGCAAAUUCAACAUGGUUCUCAUUCAAAAUGCCACCCUGGCAGGAGGGGUAGCAGUGGGUACCUGUGCUGACCUUUCAAUCAGGCCUUUUGGUGCCAUGUGUAUUGGGGGCAUCGCUGGAAUCAUCUCUGUCCUUGGCUUCCACUUUCUGUCUCCUUUGUUGGAAUCCAAGCUGCACAUUCAAGACACCUGUGGAGUCCAUAACUUACAUGGUUUACCUGGAAUCCUGGGAGGUAUUGCUGGCAUCAUAGUAACUGCAGUGAAUGAGGAAACUAGGCAUGGCAUCCCCCUUACUCCUGGCAUGCAGGCUGCUGCCCUGGGCAGUACAAUUGGAAUUGCACUGGCUGGUGGAGCAUUGACAGGUGGCAUUCUGAAACUGCCCUUCUUAGGACAAGCAUCUGACCAGAACUGCUUUGACGACUCUGUGUAUUGGGAGGUUCCAGAAGAUGAGAAGGCACAUGGAAGUCAUUCCAACAACUAUGAUGAGCACAGCAGAUUUGAAGCUGCCAUGUGAAAAAAAAAAAUAUUCACCUGUAAUACUUAUCUUAAUGACGCCCUUUUUAGUUUCUAAUGCUAAAAACCCAACAUCUGAGUGCCCUAAACACAUUUAGGAUUUCAACAAGGGGCUGCAGAUAUAGCUAUAUGUUUGUGAUAUAAAACAAGCUUGAUUUUAGAAUGUGGUCUUUAUGCCAAGCUCAGGUGAAGCAGUUAGGUCCUUCCA